AUGUCAUUAUAUAAAGCAAUUGCAAGUCUUGAAUUGUUACAAGAGGAAAGAAAAGCCUUACGCGUCUUAUUCACUAAUAAUCCAUCUAAAAAAACUGAAGCGGAGGAGAUCAUUCCUACUUGUACCAAUAAAGAGCAAGUUGAUUAUUUGAGAGAAUUAUUGACUUCUGUCUCUUUAAAACGGUCCCAAGAAGAAAUUAACGAGGUUAAGAAGAAGGUUCGACUUCUCGAGAAUGAGCUCUACAAAACUAAGUUUACAGUCACAGUUUCGCAUGAAGUUGGAAAGAAUGUCUUAAAUACUGCAAGCCCUGCCCUUAACGAAAUCUUCUCUCUUUUGAAAAGCGAAACACCAAUAUCACUUGAUAGUUUAGAUACAACGAGUUUACCGCAGAAUUGUAAGAACGAAGAUGAAGUGCAAAAAAAAUUCAUAAAGUUUUUCAACUCUUUAGAGGGACGAAUUAAAUGCAAUAUCAUUGAUACGUCAACUUCAAACUGGCUAAAGGACCCUAUUGGAAAGAUUGAUAUUUCUAUCGUUGAUGGAUCACAAGUUUUGUGGGCUCAUCUUGUAUCUGGAAUCGAGAUCAAACAUUCACUAAGUAAUACUACCUUAUAUCACGAGGCAAUCGGACAACUCGUAGACCGUUUUCAAACCGUUUUCCGAAUGCAACGUGGACGACGCUUUAUUAUCGGCGCUGUUUGUUGUGACAACCUUGUAGAGUUCAUAUACGCUAAUUCAGAACUUAAACUUAAACGUUCGGGCUUAUUGGAACUCAGUUUUACCAAACAGACAACAGGAAUGCAAAUGCUACUAAACAUGUUGAGUUCGAAUCAACAUCAGCUCGGCUACUCUCCGCCCAAAGAUCAUGAAGCGUUGGUCGGUACUUCAGGCUUUACCUAUGAAAGCGUUCUUCGACAAGCAGAUAACGGACGAGGAUCACUUGUUUUCUCCGGUUUUAUAAAUUCAAAAAAAGCCGUUCUUAAGGCCUCUAUGGAUCUAAAUAAUGAGCUGAAGAUGCUUGAGAUUCUUAAAGACUGCGAGUACAUUCCCCAAGUCAUUAACAAAGGAUUACUUUCAGAUGGCAGAAUGUUCAUUGUGACGACACCGGCUGGUGUACAUCUCGAAGCCAAAAAGCACGGUGUGAAAGGGACUUUAAAGGCUUUGCAGGAUGUUGUGAAAGCUUUAAAGUUUUCUCAUGAACAUCACAUUUAUCAUCGUGAUGUUUCAUAUUUAAAUAUCGUAUACAAAAAUCAAAGAGGCUAUCUUAUCGAUUGGGGUGUAGCAUCGAAUACUUCUGACUUAGUGAAUGCUCCAUUGACCGGAACUUAUCUAUUUUCUUCUCUUCCGGUUUUGAUGCGUUUUGAAUCUGGAGUUUCUCACACAUAUUCGGUUAAUGAUGAAAUCGAAUCCUUAUUCUAUGUAUUCAUGUACAUAGCUUGUGAUGGAGUUGUGCGCUGGCGAAAGCAUUCGGAUUUGUCAACAAGUGUCGCAAUAAAAUAUAAUGUGAUGAUCUGCCCGUUUGAAUUUGAAAGGCACUUGGUCAAGUAUGCUUAUGGUGAAUUCCACGAAUAUUUAUUAAAAUUUCACGACAUUAUUUUUCCAUAUGGUAGUGAUCUUGAAAAAAGAGACAUAUCGAUUGAUGGAAUUAUUGAAAUUUUCGGAGAUUGGAUAAAUGAACUUUAA